GACAAAGCGCUACAUGAACUUGCAGCGCGAAAAAGGAGCGCAUGCGCCCUAUGGAAGCGCGCUCGCUCACCGACCGCAUUGCGGCUUGGCCUUCUCUCCCAGUGCACGUGGCAGGAGCGGUGAGAUCACUGCUUCACUCCGAUCCUGGACUGCCGGUCGGAUCCGAGCACCCUGUUCUGAGCUCCCCUUUGCCCCCACACACCUUAAACCCGUGUGCAAGAUCCGCCUCCAUGGAACCACAACCUCCUGAAGCCUUGACCAACGUCGUCUCGGUUCCGCGCCAGCAGCCCAGCUCACAUUCAGAGGCUGGUGUCCAGGCUCUCAGCGCGGGGGAAGGCUCAGAAAUGGUGUCUCACUGUGUUGCCCAGGAUGGUCUUGAACUCUUGGCCUCAAGUGAUCUUCCUGCCCUGGUUUCCCAGAAUGUUGAGAUUAAAGAGACUGGGUCUGACUGUGUUGCCCCGGCUGGUCUUGAAUUCUUGGCCUCAAGUGAUCGUCCUGCCUCAGCUUCAAAGAAUGCUGAGAUUACAGGCACCAUGAGUCAGGACACCGAGGUGGAUAUGAAGGAGGUGGAGCUGAAUGAGCUAGAACCCGAGAAGCAGCCGAUGAACGCGGCGUCUGGGGCGGCCAUGGCCGUAGCGGGCGCCGAGAAGAAUGGUCUGGUGAAGAUCAAGGUGGCGGAAGACGAGGCGGAGGCGGCAGCCGCGGCCAAGUUCACGGGCCUUUCCAAAGAGGAGCUGCUGAAGGUGGCAGGCAGCCCCGGCUGGGUGCGCACCCGCUGGGUGCUGCUGCUGCUCUUCUGGCUCGGCUGGCUCGGUAUGCUGGCAGGUGCCGUGGUCAUAAUCGUGCGGGCGCCGCGCUGUCGCGAUCUACCCGUGCAGAAGUGGUGGCACACGGGCGCCCUCUACCGCAUCGGCGACCUUCAGGGCUUCCAGGGCAACGGCGCGGGCAACCUGGCGGGUCUGAAGGGGCAUCUCGAUUACCUGAGCUCUCUGAAGGUGAAGGGCCUUGUGCUGGGCCCAAUUCACAAGAACCAGAAGGAUGAUGUUGCUGGGACCGACUUGCUGCAGAUCGACCCUAAUUUUGGUUCCAAGGAAGAUUUUGCCAGUCUCUUGCAAUCUGCCAAAAAAAAGAGCAUCCGCGUCAUUCUGGACCUCACUCCCAACUAUCAGGGUGAGAACUCAUGGUUCUCCACUCAGGUUGACACUGUGGCCACCAAGGUGAAGGAUGCUCUGGAGUUUUGGCUGCAAGCUGGUGUGGAUGGGUUCCAGGUUCGGAACAUAGAGAAUCUGAAGGAUGCAUCCUCAUUCUUGGCUGAGUGGCAAAACAUCACCAAUGGCUUCGGUGAAGAUAGGCUCUUGAUUGCAGGGACUAACUCCUCCGACCUUCAGCAGAUCCUGAGCCUACUCGAAUCCAACAAAGACUUGCUGUUGACUAGCUCAUACCUGUCUAAUUCCAGUUUCACUGGGGAGCAUACAAAAUCCCUAGUCACACAGUAUUUGAAUGCCACUGGCAAUCGCUGGUGCAGCUGGAGUUUGUCUCAGGCGGGGCUCCUGACUUCCUUCCUGCCGGCUCAACUUCUCCGACUCUACCAGCUGAUGCUCUUCACCCUGCCAGGGACCCCUGUUUUCAGCUACGGGGAUGAGAUUGGCCUGGAAGCGGCUGCCGUUCCUGGACAGCCUGUGGAAGCUCCAGUCAUGCUGUGGGAUGAGUCCAACUUCCCUUACAUCUCAGCGGCUGUACGUGCCAACAUGACUGUGAAGGGCCAGAGUGAAGAUCCUGGCUCCCUCCUUUCCUUGUUCCGGCGGCUGAGUGACCAGCGGAGUAAGGAGCGCUCCCUACUGCAUGGGGACUUCCAUGCACUCACCUCUGGGCCUGGAUUCUUCUCCUAUAUCCGCCACUGGGACCAGAAUGAGCGUUUCCUGGUAGUGCUUAACUUUGGGGACGUGGGUCUCUCGGCUGGGCUGCAGGCCUCCGACCUGCCUGCCAGUGCCAGCCUGCCAGCCAAAGCUGACCUCCUGCUCAGCACCCAGCCAGGCCGUGAGGAGGGCUCCCCGCUUGAGCUGGAAAGCCUGAAACUGGAGCCCCACGAAGGGCUGCUGCUCCGCUUCCCCUAUGUGGCCUGACCCCAGCCUGACGUAAACCCACUGCCCUUCUCUUUUCCUCCCCAGGCCUUUAGGGUUCUCGUUUUUCUCUCUCUCUUUUUUUUUUUUAAAAAAAAACAGUCUUGCAGAUUAUAAGUGAACCCCCAAAUAGGGUGUUUUCUUCCUUCAAAUAAAAGUCACUCCUGCCUGGUGA